AUGAAAUCGAUUAUUUUUUUCUAUUUGAUAUUAUUAACGAAUGGUUUUCAACCAAUUUAUUUUAAAUUAAGUCAAAUUGGAAAUGAAUUUGAAGCAGCCAAUUCUACUGAACUCUUAAUCAUAUUUGAUAAUAUUCGUAGUGUUAUUCGUUGUGCUAUCCUUUGUUCUUCUAAUAUUCAAUGUCAUACAUUUAAUUUCCAUUCAAAUUCUCAUCAAUGUUAUCUAUUUGAAGGAUCUAUUGAUACUGGUCAUAUUAUAUCAACAUCUUCAUCAAUCAUAGUCGGAUGGAUUAAUGUUAAACAAGAUUCAUCGUUGACAUUCACUUCUAUCAUAUCAACAUCCACAUCAUCAUCCACAACAACUACAAUAGAAACAACAACACCUACAACUACAAUCGUAACAUCAGUUCAAACAACAGAUUUAACUUCAAUAGAGACAUCAAUAAUAACAACGAUACCUCUAACUACAAUAGUAACAUCAGUUCAAACAACAAUAACAACAACAGGUCUAACUUCAAUAGAGACAUCAAUUCCAAUAACAACAACAUUUAUGACUACAGUAGUAACAUCAAUCCCAAUAACGACAACACCUCAAACUACAAUAACAACAUCAACUGCAACAACAUCAAUGUUUUGUCCUCCUCAAUUGGUAACAAAUGGAAUCUUAUUCUCAAUAACAAAUCCGUCAUCAUCAAAUUAUCCAUUAUAUGAUUGUUAUAAUUAUCAAUGGAUAGCAACAGAUUCAUCAUCAACAUUAUCAUUUUUUUUCCGUCAAGAUCCAGGUGGAUGGAUGUUGGAUGAUGUUAAUGUUUAUUAUAAUUCAACACAAUUAAUAAUCAAUGGAGGAUUUGAAACAGGUGAUCUUACAGGAUGGACAUGGUCAGGUACUUGUAAUAUAAAUGUUGGACAAGCUUAUUACGGUAGUAAUGAUGCUCAUAAUGGUAAUUAUUAUUAUUAUGACCCUUGCGCUGGAGAUAAUCAUGGUGAUACAUUACAACAAACAUUUCCCACAAUUAUUGGUCAAACUUAUUUUAUUAGUUUUUGGUUAACAAAUUAUGAUUGUUGUUCAACUCAAGAAAUUGCUAAUAUUACUAUUUAUUAA